AAAUAAAAAAUUGUAAAAACAAUUUCUAAAUUCUUUCUUUGCUUUGCAGUGGUGUUUUCUGUAUGAAUGUAUCUGUGCAUGUAUGUGUAUUUGUUUGUGUGGGAUGUGAGUGUGAAGGUGAUGGUUAGGGAGAACUAUGGGACCACAGGGGUACGUUGUGCCGGCGGACCCACAGGCGGUUGUUGCGGCGAAGAAGAAAACGCCGUCGUCUCGGAGUUGGAUUCUUCUGGAAUGUACGGGGAAGAGCACCGUUUUGGAUGUCGACAAGUACGCUAUCAUGCAACGCGUCCAAAUUCACGCGCGUGAUCUUCGCAUUCUUGAUCCUUUGCUCUCUUAUCCCUCCACUAUUCUCGGUCGUGAAAAGGCCAUUGUCUUGAAUUUGGAGCAUAUCAAAGCAAUUAUCACCUCUGACGAGGUAUUGCUUCGAGAUCCUUUGGAUGAACACGUUAUUCCAGUUGUGGCGGAGCUCAAAAGGCGACUUCCACGUGUGAAUGCCAUUCGUGAAGCGCAGGAAGAUGGGAAAGAAGAAGCUGGAGGGCAUAACGAAAUUGAAGCGGUUGAACAAGAUGAGUCUCCGUUUGAAUUUCGAGCCCUGGAGGUAGCUUUGGAAGCUAUUUGUAGUUUUCUAGCUGCCCGUACCACGGAAUUAGAGGCUGCUGCUUAUCCUGCUUUGGAUGAACUUACAUCCAAGAUCAGUAGCCGUAAUUUAGAUAGGGUCCGUAAAUUGAAGAGUGCAAUGACUAGGUUGACUGUCCGUGUUCAAAAGGUGAGAGAUGAACUUGAACAACUACUAGAUGAUGACGAUGAUAUGGCUGACCUUUACUUGUCAAGAAAGUCGGCUGGUCCAUCUUCACCUGCUAGUGGUUCAGGUCCUGCGAAUUGGUUUCCUGCAUCCCCUACCAUAGGUUCAAAGAUUUCAAGAGCAAGUAGAGCAAGUAUAGCUACAAUUCGUGGAGAUGAGAAUGAUGUUGAGGAGCUUGAAAUGAUACUAGAGGCUUACUUUAUGCAAAUUGAUACCACGUUGAACAAAUUAACUACGCUGCGAGAAUAUAUUGAUGAUACUGAGGAUUAUAUCAAUAUUCAGCUGGAUAACCAUCGUAAUCAGCUGAUUCAGUUAGAGCUCUUUCUAAGUUCAGGAACUGUCUCUUUAACCAUCUUCUCAUUGGUAACUGGAAUAUUUGGUAUGAAUAUCCCAUAUAAUUGGAAUACUAACCAUGGAUACAUGUUUAAAUGGGUGGUCAGUGUGACAGGACUAUUAUGUACUAUGCUGUUUGUAGCCAUUAUGUCGUAUGCUCGUUACAAGGGUUUGGUUGGAUCUUGAGCAUUCAUGGUCGGAAAGGAUUCUUCAGAUUGGACUUGCAACACUCAAGCCAUGCAUGAAAAUUGGUCAGGCUGUCAUGCCUUCAUGGAAGUAAGUGAAUAGCUACAUCUUCAAAUUGGUGGUUCCACUGUCAUUUCAUCGAAUUAUUUCAGAAGUUUUCCUUUCUUUGAUAAUAUCAAUGUCAGAUAGAAGGAUCUGUUGCAAAGUAAAAUAACAAAUUUACAUGAAUUUACCAUUCUCAUGAACCAACACUUACGAAAAACAGUUCAUAGAUGGAUUUUAUCUUUCAAGUCUUUGUUUUCCACCCCGUCUUUGGUUCUUCUCAUAGGUAUUAAUAGUUGAGCAUGAAGUACAUUUACAGGUCAUAUACUUGUAAUAGUCAGAAUUUGAAUCAAAUAAUUGUCUUCAGAAGUUUUCAUCUAAGACCAUUUUCAA